AAGCACAGUCCAUCCUGCAUCCCCUCCCCUGCUGUGCACCAGAGAGGACGAAGACGUCGCCGUUUCCCCUCUCCGUAUCCUGGCUCAGUCAGAGCAUUCCUUUGAGAAGCAUAUCCAAGGCAUCCUGCAGCGCGAUUCGGCCAAUCCCUUGCACCUGAAGUCUGCUGAUAAAGAGGCUGCUCCUCCCCCUGAGGAGUGCCUUCAGCUGCUCAGCAGAGCCACCCAGGUGUUCCGAGAGGAGUACAUCCUGAAACAGGACCUGGCGAAAGAGGAAAUCCAGCAAAGAGUGAAGCUGCUGCGGGGGCAGAAAAAGAAACAACUGGAAGAUCUUAAUUACUGUCGAGAGGAAAGGAAAAGUUUGCGGGAAAUGGCCGAGCGCUUGGCAGACAAGUACGAGGAAGCCAAAGAGAAGCAGGAAGAUAUUAUGAACAGGAUGAAGAAAGUGCUUCGGACUUUCCACUCGCGGCUCCCUGUUCUAUCCGACAGCGAGAAGGAUAUGAGGAAAGAACUGCAGACGAUCCACGACCAGCUGCAGCACCUGAGCAACGCUAUCAGACAGGUCAAAAUGAAGAAGGAAUACCAGCAGAAAAAGAUGGGGAAGGGUACCAGCCCUCGAAAACCCAGCAUCACCCUCAGUGCCUACCAAAGCAAGUGCAUCCAGACCGUCCUCAAGGAAGAGGGAGAACACAUCAGGGAAAUGGUGAAGCAGAUCAACGACAUCAGAAGCCACGUGAACUUCUGA